UUCUCUCUGAAAUAACAACGCCAAACUUGUUCUGGGUCAAAGAGAAAUGGACCCCAAACAAACAACUACAGCAAAGACUACAACCACAACAACAGUAACAACAACCACAGCAAUACCAUCAACAACAAUAAAAUUACCAACAACAGAAGUACCAGCAAAGAAGACAAUAGCCACCGCAUUAGCUGAAGUAACACGGACAACGACGGCAUAUUACCACGUCCAACAUCAACAACAAUAACCAUUGUAAAGAAAACGACAACAAAACAAAAGAAGACAACAUUAAUAAGACGAUAAUGCCGACUUAUAAUUUGUUCUAUUUUAAUGGUCGUGGUCGUGCAGAAGUUUGUCGAAUUCUGUUUGCAGCCGCUGGUGUCCAUUAUACCGACCGAAGGAUUAAAAUCUCAGAAUGGAACCGUUUCAAAAACAGAACGCUGGGACCGGUGUAUUACUGCGCAAGGUGACUAUCUCGAAGAAGAUGAUGUUAAAAACUUAGAGAUGAAUUUCUCAAUACUUCCCGUUCUACAGAUUGAUGGCGAGACAGAAAUUCCUCAAAGUAUGGCCAUUGCUAGGUACCUUGCUCGGGAAUUUGGUUUCCACGGCAAGAACAAUGUCGAUAUGGCUAGAAUAGAAAGCAUCUGUGACUGUCUCAAUGAUAUCUUAGACGAUUACCUACAGUUGUACUACGAGAAAAAUUUCAGCAAGAAGGCUGCAUUGCGUGAUCAUUACAAUGACACAUGCCGCAGGAUACUCCCUUUUCUGGAGAAGACGUUGGGGCAAUACGACAAUGGCGCAAAGUAUUUCUUUGGAGAACAGAUAAUGUUGUGUGACAUGAUGUGCUAUGCCGCUUUGGAAAGUCCUAUCAAUGACAACCAGACUAUCUUGAAAGAUUACCCGAAACUCAGGAAUCUUCGACAUCGUGUUGUUUGCCAUCCCCAAAUAUCUGCUUAUAUACUGAAACGUUCAGACACGACUUUUUAAUACGUUCCAAACAGAAUCGAACAGUAUCUAUCUAUCUAUCUAUCUAUCUAUCUAUCUAUCUAUCUAUCUAUCUAUCUAUCGCUUCUGACGGACGUGCUGUCACAUCGGCUGCAGAGGUAAACGUUUUUUUUUUACCUUAUAUUGCCCACAUUUGUUUAAAAGUUU